AUGAAGCAGUGCAAGGUACCUGCAUUCCCCACCUAUACCAUUUAUUGCUUAUAUCUAAUUAAAGCAAAUGCAGCCCAACAAAGCCAUUGGAGGAAAGACUGAGAAGCAGAGAAAGGAGAGAAAGAUUGGAAAGAUGGACUUUUUAGAAGAGAGUGGCUUCUGUCCAUCUUCAGGCAUCUUCUAUAGCAAAUGGGACUCUCCAUGUCUGCCUUACCCUACAUCUCUCUCUCUCCCUUCAUAUCUCCUCUCACUCACCUCUCACAUGCUCUCCAAGCCAGCUUACGUGGACGCCCGGUCCGGUGGCAGACUCACGUACGGCGAUCUCCGCACGCUCACCACAUCCGUGGCGUCGGCCUUACACAUGUUGGGCAUCAAGAAAGGAGAUGUAGUUCUUUUGGUCUCUCCAAAUUUCCUACAUUUCCCAUUACUAGUGUUAGGAGUCAUGACCGUUGGAGCCAUUUUCAGUACGGCUAACCCUUUGAACACACGGUUAGAGUUACAAACUCAAGUCCAAGACUCUAACCCUGUGUUAAUCCUGACCACCCAAGAGCUCAAGCCCAAGUUAGAUGGGCUCAUUGAUGGGCCCACCAUUUUAUUAGAAGAGCUCUUAGCUGGCUUGAUGAGGGGCCCACCUUCCCGCACGUGUAAGUUCCCACACGUGGCAAUUGAGCAGGGUGACACCGCGGCGCUCAUGUACUCAUCUGGAACGACCGGUAAGAGCAAAGCGGUCGUGUGCUCGCACCGCAGCCUGAUUGCCAUGAGCUGUCUUCUGCGGCACGUGUGGAGCGCAGAGGGGGCCAGAGCAGCAUGUGAUGAGGUGUACAUGUGCGUCGUGCCGCUGUUCCACAUGUUCGGGUUGUCGGUGUUCGUGUGCGGAGUUCUGGCCGUUGGAUCGACGGCUGUGGUCCUUGGGAAGUACGCGGUGGAGGAAAUGCUUGUGGCUGUGGAGGAGUACGGUGUAACGAGGCUGCCAGCUGUGCCGCCGAUGGUCGUCCAGCUGGUGAGGAUGGCUGACGUGGCGAAGGCGUAUGACUUGGGCACUCUCAAGGAGGUGAUCUGUUCUGGGGCACCUUUGGGAAGGGAUCACAUGGAGCGUUUCAUCCAGUGUUUUCCGCAAAUUACACUCUCUCAGUGUUAUGGAUUAACAGAAACGAAUGGGCCCAUCACGCUUUGCGAUGGGAUUAACGGUAGAUUUCAUGUGUCCAUUGGGAGGCUAAUCCCAUCCCUUGAAGCCAAAAUCGUCGACGUGGACACCAAAGAGCCGCUUCCUCCUCGCAAGUACGGAGAACUCUACGUACGGGGCGCUCCCGUCAUGCAAGGAUACUACAAGGACGAAGAAGCCACAUCACUAGCUAUUGACAAAGAAGGCUGGCUACAUACGGGCGAUCUAUGCUUCAUUGACACGUCCGGACUUGUAUAUGUGGUGGAUAGAAUCAAGGAACUCAUCAAAUACAAAGCCUAUCAGGUAGCUCCUGCCGAACUAGAGGAAAUCCUGGUCAGCCAUCCUGAGAUUGCCGACGCUGCUGUGAUACCGUAUGCAAAUGUGGAGGCAGGGGAGAUUCCUAUGGCUUGUGUGGUGAGAGUGGCAGAAAGUAAGCUUCAAGAAGGAGAUAUCAUUAGUUUCAUGACCGACAAGGUGGCUCCUUAUAAGAAGGUCAGGAAAGUGGUGUUUGUAGACUCGAUCCCAAGAUCACCUUCUGGCAAGAUCCUCAGGAGGCUUCUUAGAGCCUCGACUUCCCGUCAACGGCUGGAGAUCUCCCCAAGGUUGUGACCAAAGCAUUGGUAUAUUGUCCUAGAUAGUCACCUAUUUGGAUUAUCAAUUACCACAAUAAUGUAAAGGAAAAAGUGCAUUGAUUACAAAUACCUCCAUCUAUCGACAACAUCUAGCUUCCCUUGUUUAGUCCAUCAGUGGUAAAAUCAUAAAGAUGGCAUUUUUUUAGAUCUAUGUAUUGAUAUCGUUGUUUGGAUUCUAGAUUUUCAUAAUAGUGCUAUGAAAAAAAGCAAUUUGAAUAUAAGAUUUCCAUGAUAAUACCAUAAAAAAGUGCAAUUAUUAUAAAUUCUUUUA